GCCAUCGUAGGGCGUGCGUCUGACUCUUCCUCGCCAUGUCUUCUCACAAGACUUUCAGGAUCAAGCGUUUCCUGGCCAAGAAACAAAAGCAGAAUCGGCCCAUUCCCCAAUGGAUUCGGAUGAAAACUGGUAAUAAAAUCAGGUACAACUCCAAGAGGAGACAUUGGAGAAGAACCAAGCUGGGUCUAUAAGGAAUCGCACAUGAGAUGGCACCACAUGUUUUUGCUGUCAGGGUUGCUUGGAUCUUAACCGUGGCACUGAAAAGAUCGCUACUAUCUGAACAGUUGGUUGUGUUUUAUUGGGAAGUUAUAGGGAAAAUUAGUUUUGUCUUUAAUAUGUUUCUGCACUAGUAGGUUGGUUCAGUAAUAAAUAUGUGAGGC